CCUCUGUCGUUACGACGCGGCCACGGCCGCUUUACGGCAGUGCGCGGUAACCGAGCGGCGGCGGCGACGGGCGAUGAGGCGGCGGGUCUUUCAGGCGAGUUACGUUCCCUGCCCGUGCUUCUCGCUGCUCCCUGGAUCAGCCCCUCUCUGCGGGAGGUGAGAGCUCUGGCGGUGCCCUGGAGCGGCGCAGGAUGGAUCCCGUGGUUCUCAGCUACGUGGACAGCCUGCUGAGGCAGUCGGACGUGGCGCUGCUGGAGCCCCCGAACUGGCUCAACGACCGCAUCAUCGGCUUCGCCUUCGAGUACUUCACCAACCAGCAGUUCCAGGAGUUCAGCCACCGCGUCUGUUUCAUCAGCCCCGAGGUGGCCCAGUUCAUCAAGUGUGCCCUUAGUCAGGAAGAAAUAGCCAUAUUCCUCCAGCCCCUGGACCUUCUCUGCAAGGAGCUGCUGUUCCUGCCUAUCAAUGACAACUCCAGCCAGGCCGCUGGGGGCACCCACUGGAGCUUACUGGUUUAUUUCAGGGACAAGAAGUGCUUUGCCCAUUACGAUUCCCACAGUAAAUGCAACUCUGUCCACGCCAAACAAGUGGCAGGGAAACUGGAGGCCUUUCUGGGAAAAAGAGGGGGCAAAGCCACUUUUGUGGAGGAGAAGGCGCCGGCACAGCAGAACAGCUACGACUGUGGGAUGUACGUGAUCUGCAACGCCGAGGCUCUGUGCCACGGCUACUUCCAGGGCCGGAUGGAGCCUCUGCUGCAGCUCCUCACCCCCUCCUACAUCACACAGAAGAGGUCAGAGUGGAAAGCUCUCAUCACAAAACUGGCACAGAAGUGAUGGGGAUGCACCUCCAGCCCCCCAAAAACUGCCUUCCCAGUCCAAGAGGCAGCACCCCCAGUGCCUGAGGGAGAUGCCCAUGCACAGGAUUGUCCCAAAGAAAAAGAAUGUAACCCCUCUAGCAUGGCUACACCCCCCAAACACCCCAUUCCCUCCAGGAAAAGCCUUAUUCUCCUCUUGAAAUCACCGGCCUUUCAACUUCUAAUGACAAGAGUCACUUUGCUUUCAAAGAAACCCUCUCCAUGGUCAAUUUUUACAGUAAUCGCUGUGGCAAAACAGGUUGCUAGAGACUUCUCCACCUGUGCCCAGCAGGCAACACAGCCUCAUUAGGUGGCUUUAGUUGGUUCCAGGCAUUGUCCUUCCAAGCCAGGUCUAGCAAAUGCUCUUUAAACCCAAGCCCCUGAGUGCUUUUUCAUGGACAGUUCUAAUUUGUGCCUCCUGCUAAUGGUAUUGGAGAAAUGUAGGAUUUAGAAGCCAGGAUUUUGUACCCCUGAAAAUCUGACAUUGAGAUGUCACUGCAAAAAGAUGAGACUGCAAAGGAAAUGCUACAAUUAACUUCAGAACAGAGCAAAAUCAAAGUCAUUUUUCAUCAGCCAGGUGCUCCUCAGCCACACAGCAAUGGCUUUUUUUGGUCCCCCACCCCUGCUUGUUCUUACUGCAAAUUAAAACCUGACUCUGACUGCUGCAAGAUUAAUAGGAAGCUGAGAAAGUCAAUCCUAGGAAAAGAAACUUAAUUGAGAUGAAAAGCAACACUCACUCUUUGAAGUUUGGUGUUUUUCAUUAGGAUUUUAGGUCGUCUCUGUGCGGGAAGGGUUUGUCAGUGCUCCCCAACCCUUGUUAGCGGUCGCUGCUCAUAACACAAAACCAGUUCUGUUACUUGAGAGGAAAAAAAAAAAAACACACUAGGGAGAACAAAAGGACAGAGUUUGAGGUAUAAAAGCCAAAGAUAACUGCGGGCUCCUUGAAGUCCUUAAUGCACUUCAGAAAAUUGAAACACUUCUCUUCCCGUGCUGGAUGAUGGCUGGGAUCCUGGAGUGGAUCCUCUCCUUAAAGACAGGCUUAGCAGUGUGGAAAAUAAAAAUUAAAGUGAGAUGUCAUUGCAGGAUAAGGAAUAAUGCUUCUCACCUGGUGAGAAGCAAAGAGCAGGUUGCUCAGGUGGUGUCUAGCAGAGCAACCACACCCCCACCUGAGAAGGGAAAUCCGGGUUAAAUACAACCCUUGAGGAAGGAUUGCUUUUAACCUGGAGCUCUUCACCACUGAUGUGUGCAGCAGCACAGCACAGAGGGGAUGGAGGGCUUCACCUUCCCUCGCUCCUAACACUGCCUGGACAGGAGAGCAGCCUCCAGCACCAGCCCUCCCUGGAAAACCCACUCAGAUGGAGCCAGAACAGGAUCCAGCUGCUGGCUGAAGGGGAUUCCCUUUGGACUCUGAGGGGCUUUGCCAGAGCAACAUCACUGCCACUCCCAAAUCCCAAAUAAAACUCAGACCAAACUGUGUUUCCUGGCAUAA